GAAACACCUUAGUAAAGAUGGCGGCGACUAUGCCUAUAUUCUCUAAGGAUAUUAGUUUUUUCCCUUAGUAGAUAUGGCGCCUGAACGGCUUCACGCUGACAUAACGAUGGCGGAGAAACGGCGUGCAAUGGCUGGUUCGCCGGUAUGCAGGGCAGCUCCAGGUCCGGUUAAUGAAACAGAGUUUUUAGCGCAGUCUGGAGCGAAGGAUAUGCUGCGAGAGGCCGUACUAAAGCUGCUGGAAGCCAGGCCCGAGGAACCUACAGCUUUCCUCGCAGAUUACUUUGAGAAGCUCUGGACAGGUUCAGGGACGGCGGCGGGGGAAAAGGGUGUGCAUCUGUUGGCUCAGCAGCGCCUUAACCGGGCUCUUUGGUACUUGAAACUGUCCCACCACUCCCAGAGGACUGCAUUUAACAAUAACCUCAACAUGGCUUAUGAAUGUUUGAGCACAGGAGGGAGGAAGAAGAAGACCGGCUUGACUGGGAAGAACUACAGUGAAGUGUUGUCUAGUAUAUGCCAGGAAGGAGAACUGCCUGAAGAGAUUUCUUGUGAGCUUCUGAGGAAGAUUAAGUGCAGAGACCAUGAGGCUGUCCCCUUUGACAUUUUCCGUUAUGGAGUUUUGACUUGCUUUGUACUUUUAGAAUUCAGGUCCAAAGCUGACUCUCUGUUUAGUGUACUAAAUAAACAAGGCCCAGCUGACCAAAGGCUAGGCAAGGCUGUUCUGGACACCUUGGAAGAGGCUCUAGUGACUAGUGAUCUUUUUAUCCCAGCCAGUUAUCUGGAGGCUGGGACAAAGCUUGGUCCAGACGGUUUGGCUUUAGCAAUGGAUAAAGCCUAUUUGGGAAACAAUUCUGAUGCCACUAUAAGCAGAAACCAGUUUUUAAAGGAUGCAUGUGCCUUGUUUCUUUAUAAGGUAAAGCCUGUAGGAUAAGUAUUCUGUCUGAUAAUGUUUUGUUAGUAAAUGGAGAACUCAAAUGUUAAUUCACAAAUAUUAAAGGGGCAGUUUGCACUAAAAUAAACUUUUAAUAUAAUAUAAGUAGUGGAGUUCUAACCAAGCUUGCAAAUGGUCUUUUAUAAUUUAUUAUUUGUGGAUUUUGUGCUAUUACCCAUAAUUUAUUUUUUUCUAGAGACCCAGUUACCCUAGCGACCAGGCUAAACAAUGAAUAGGAGAUUUUCCAAAUAAAAUAAAUAAUAAUAUACAGUUAGGUCCAUAAAUAUUUGGACAGAGACAACUGUUUUUCUAAUUCUGGUUCUGUACAUUACCACAAUGAAUUUUAAAUGAAACAACUCAGAUGCAGUUGAAGUGCAGACUUUCAGCAUUAAUUCCAAAAUAUUAAUGGACCUAACUGUACACAAGAGCCUUGAAUAUCCUGUAAAUAAUAUACUAAUAAAAUAGUGUUUAGUGAUGUCAUCAGUUAUAAUCAGUGCUUGGUGAUGUAAUUUUUGUCAUGACACAUGAUAGUCCGUGUCCUAUAUAAAAACACUGAGCCUUUGACCUUGGGGACUUCUAAUAUCCUUAUAUUUUACUAUAGGUGGUACAUUAUUCACUAUAUACAAAAUAUCUAGCCAUUUAAGCUAGGCAUUUUAAAAUCUAGUCUGGAGAAUGGCAGACUAGAGAGGCCAAUACUUUAUAACUACAAAGAUCAGAAAAACAAAGUCAUCAUAUUAAAAGUUAAUUUUUAGUUGAACUUUUUCUUUAAAGCAGAGGGAACAUCACUGGGGGAGGGUGUGUCUAAAAUCAUCUUUCUACCCCAGGCUGGUGCUCUUAUUUUUUUUUGUUCCCCCUCUUUCCUGCAAAGCAUGGCACCACUUUGUGUUCCAUUUAUACUUGGGCACCUGCACAGCACAGUAAGCUCCCAAGUACUACUACUAUAGUAUACUAUACAUGCACGCAGCAUGAUUUAUAAAUAUGUAAAUAUUAAGUAAUUAUUAAUAAAUAGUUUUAUGAAGAAUAAGGUCACAAAAAUAUAUGUGCAGUGGAACUACCAUUCUAUUGUUCCACUACUCUUUCAGUUAAGUGCAAGUCUCCUGAUAUGUGCAACAAUAUAUCAUCUUGUGGUCUAGUUAUUUUUUCUGUAGCAUGCCAAGUAUAGCUUCCGCCCCUCCUUCUAACUGUAAGCCAUUUUAGCACAGGCAGUUGGAGUAUUCUACAGUCAAGUUGUAAGUAAUCCUCAAUAAAUGCUUUUUUACCUCCUG